AGACGGAACCGGAAGUGGGGCGAAUCACAACUUCCACACAUGUGUGGGGGAGAAAGAUGCCUCAUUGCUUAUAGUCAAAUUAUAUUCUAAUAUAAAGUCGACAUAAAUAACUCUAAUUCAACCAAACAAAAGUCGGACCUGAACCCGUUACGUGUGCGCGGACAAGAUGGCGGAGAUCGUUCAGCAUCGCAUCGAGGAGAGAAUCCCUGAGCUGGAGCAGCUGGAGAGAGUGGGACUGUUCACCAAGAAAGAAGUCAAAUCCAUCAUCAAGAGAGCCACAGCUCUGGAAUACAAGCUCCACAGGCUGAUUGUAAACAAAGACGACUUCAUUGCAUACAUCCAGUAUGAAAUCAACAUUUUAGAGCUCGUUAAGAAGAGAAGAGCGCACAUACAUUACCAGUUCAAAAGAGAGGAGAUUGAGUACCCCAUCAUCCAUAGAAUAAACAGUGUCUUCAGAAGAGCAACAAAAAAAUGGAAGGAUGAUGUGCAGCUGUGGCUCUCACAAGUUGCUUUCUGUAAGAAAUGGGCCACCAAAGGCCAGAUCAGUAAGGUGUUCUCAGCCAUGCUUGCUAUACACCCUGACAAACCAGCCCUGUGGAUCAUGGCAGCCAAGAGUGAGCUGGAGGAUAGAAGUUCCUCUGAAAGUGCCAGACACCUGUUUCUGAGGGCUCUGCGCUUCCACCCAAACAACAAGAAAGUCUACCAGGAGUAUUUUCGUAUGGAGCUGCUGCAUUGUGAGAAACUGAGGAAGCAGAGGGAGGAGCUGGAGAAAGCCGAGAUGGACCUGGGGGAAUAUGAGUUUUCUCCAGAGAUCCUGAGUGGCAAACUCGCUGAGGUUGUGUACAGAGAUGCUACAGGGAAAAUCAAAGAGGCCGAGUUUGUCGUCUCACUUUUGAACAUAGCAGCUAUCUUUGACUUCACCAAAGAACUCCAGGACUUCAUCCUGCAAGACCUACAGGCGAACUACACAGAAGACAGCUUGACGUGGGAUUUCAUGGCUAAGAGGGAGCUGGAGGCUCCGGGGGCAGGGGAGGAGCUGCACACAGCCAAAGGCCGGGCCUCAGAUAUCAACCGCAGAGAGGAGCGCUGCUGCCAGGUGUAUGAGGAGGGAGUCAAGAGCCUUGACACAGAGCCCAUGUGGACUUGCUAUGCAGCCUUCUGCCUGGAAAGGCUGAAGAGGAAGACCAACGUCCAAGAGCUGAAGGAAAAGAGGCAGGAGAGGCUGCUGGGAGUGCUGCAGCGCGCCCACGACUCCUCACUGCUGAAGGAGGAUUAUUAUAAGAACUGGUUGCAGACCCUGCUCUCAUCCGGAGAUACUGAGGGAGCGGCCAGCGUUGCUAUGGCAGCAACGCAGCGCUACAGCCAAUCAGCAUCAGUGUGGAGCCUGAGUCUGCAGACACUGAUGCAGCUGGGGAGUGAAGACGUGGGCAGGCUAUUCCAGGAGGCUCUCACACACGUCAGUCCCAAGGAGAGUCUACCACUUUGGCAGCUGCAGAUCCAGUGGAGCGUGGCCAACCAGAGUCCAGAAGAGACGGAAGCUGUCUUCAAGAAAGGUCUGAUGUCUGCAGUAGCGGCUGUUGCCAUGGAGAUGAAAGAGAGCUUCCUUGAUUGGUCGUACUGCACCGGAGGCUACAAGAAAGCUAGAAGGACCUUUACAAGCUUACAGGAAAACCGUCCCUUGUCCAAGGCCUUUUUCACCAAAAUGAUUGAGAUUGAGAAGGAACAGGAGACUCCGAAGAUGAACAAUCUAAGGGACUACUAUGAGAGGGCCCUGCAGGAGUUUGGUACCUCAGACGAUGAUCUGUGGCUGCAGUACAUCCAGGAGGAGCUGGGACCCCUCGGACAGCCAGAGAACUGUGGCAAGAUUCACUGGAGAGCGAUGAAGUUUCUGGAGGGGGAGAGCGUGGAGAGGUUCACUUCCAAGUAUACUCUGAUUCAGACUGGCCACUUAUGAAGGAUCCGGGUAGUGUAGAUCAAGGCCUUUAAGUUUAGGUAACGACAGCCAGUGUUCAACAACUGAAUAGAGGUUUAUCAGCUGAAUAAGCAGCACAUGUUUUCAGAGCAGGUGUUCAUCUUGGUCUUGUUGAAGUCUGGUGCUGUGCCCAUCCAUGAAUUGCCAGUACUGCAGUUUCUGAAGUUUGCGGUCCAUCAGGAAAAGGCCUGUCAAUUCUUCUUCAAAGGUUUCAGCAGUGUUGGAGGAAAUGUUCUUGAUUGAGCCACCUCUGAUGUUUGCAGUUUCAAGCCGUCAUAUUUUACAGCUGUAAUUCACAACUUUUUAUUUUCAGUUACACCAGACUGAUUUUGGGAACAUUUAUUGUAAGGAUGUCCAAUUUGAUUGAAUUCCACAUUUAUUUGUCAAACUUUGAUGCUGUUAUAAUAUUAAAACAUUCUUUCAUUCUGGUGCGAUCUCUGUUGUGGUCCCUCUGACACAGUGACAUAGCAGAUACACACAAAAAAAAAAAACACAGCACACACUUUUUUCUAAACUCCAGAAUUACAUGAAUUACACAAUAGUUUUCAAUAACCCACUCUUUUAAAAAGGUUCUUGGCAAGUAAGUGAAGUUAAUUUAAAUUACUGUGGCAAUAAAUAUCCUUUAUCCUCUAAAAUUCUCAGUUCACACGUCGAUCCAGUGUUCGCAGUCAAAAGCAAGACUCAUUAUUCAGAUUCCUGCCUGUCAUGGUGCAAAAUGUUGCCUUAAAAACACACAACAACACAUAUAAAGCAGCAGUGGUAUGAGAUAGUUGCACAUCUAUAAAGUGUUUCAAUGGCCAGCUAAAAACUGUCCAUACACAUCUAAAUAUAUUUACAAUUAGUUUUUAAGGACACUUAAAAUUGUAAUGUCUUACAGCAGCGCAGCAUCUACAGUAAUGUAACAGCUAUGAGGUAUGGCAAGAUGUUAAUUUAAAAAGCAUUAUAUAACUGGAUCAUGAAAUUGCACUUUAAAGCCUAAUAAAAUACAUAAUACACCUAUAAAAUUGUAUCACAAUGAAUUUUACAACGUUUUUUCUCUCUGACACUCUGCUUACAGGCAUGGACAGUGUUACACAAUGGCCUCCUCUUUUCAUUGAAAGUGAUGUUCAUAAGACAACCAUGUGGCCAGUUUUAGGGGGGAAUGAUAUAAAUUAAAUAUAUUUAGUUUGAGAUAUUAAAAUACCUCUGCACUCUGACACUAGUUUCAGAGGAACUGGCUUCAGGCUUUAAGGAAAUGAGUGCAAACAUGCAAACAACCAAACAUUUAAAACAAUGUACUUUUAAGGCAGAAGUUGUUAUGGCAAAGGACUUUUUUUCGAUGAUGAUCACUUUAGAAAAUAAGUGAAUUAAGAUGUUGAGGGAAUGCCCAGUUACAUCCUGUCAGCUGAGGUUUGAUAGACUACUACUACCGUGUGUGAGGGGGGUUUCUAACAGGGUUGGCAGACGUACUGGUUUGCUGAUAUAUUGAGCUACUUAGGCUAUUUAAAACAAAUUGGCCGGUUUACGGCUGAGAUAAUGGAGCGUCUGUGCUGACACUGGGUGUUUUCAGAGAGCAAACCUGAGAAAAUAUUAAAAUGUGUUAAGGACAUAUUUUUAGUCAGCAGCUUCAGCCUGCAACACGUGUGACGAGCUGCUGAGUCACAAUGUCCCAUGAUGGUCUAAAUGCUUUAUCAGAGGCCUAUUAAAAAUAACAUUUAGAGGGAAACAAUGAAUCCUUUUAGUAGUUGAAGCCAACAGUUUUAAAGGGACAGUUCAAACCAUAUAAAAAACAC